UUGAGAGCGGCUCUUCAGAACUGCAUGGGUGCCACUGGAGUACACGUCUCUUCUCUAAUCGACUCGUGCUCUGUUCAUCAUGAUAAACACCUUUCACACUAGCUACAAUCCUCCGCCGGUGCCUCCACGGGCAGGAUACAGCAAACCCCAUCCAGUGGGCAACACAUCUUUAGUCAAGUUUUUGUCAGUGAUGCUGCUGCUGUUAAUGAUACUGACCUUCGGAGGCUUCCUCUACCUGUUCCAGAAACUCAGCACGCUUAAGCAGCUCCAGGAGGGUUAUCUUGACGAAGUCAGCCUAGAGAGACUCCGGGAAUGUGCAGACAACAGUAUGGGAGAAGGCUCAAUGGCACAAUGUGGCAAACUGAUGGAAAAAUAUAAAGCUACCAUAGCAAAGGUUUCACAGCUAAAUGAAAAUUUGUCUAAGUUAACUGGAGGGCCACACUUUAUUGGACCAGCUGCACACAUGACUGCACUGAGUGAGCAUAAAGAUAAGCUCUCUCGCUUCUUCAAGAAAAGCAGUCUUCUUUGGGAUGAAGAGCACUCUCUGGUGCAGGAGGUACGACUCAGCAACGAACGGGACAAGUUGAUCAUUCAGUAUCCCGGAAUCUACUUCAUCUAUUCCCAGGUCACCUUCUCCAAAAAUUCAGCUUUGUCGUCAUUAAAGCAAUCCAUAAGGAUCACAGUACCCAAGAAACAAGACAAGGAGCUACUCAAGUCUUUUUGCAGUUUGAAGCCAGGCACGCAGAAUUUGUGUACAGCUUCUCAGGCGGGGGUGUUUCAUCUAGAGAAAGACCAACAGCUCUAUGUUGCAGUAACAAACACAUCCUUGGUGAACCGGGACUCCUGUAACUUUGGAUUAUUUAAAUUGCGGUAAAGAACACUCUAGAACGAGGGAGAUGGAUGAUACGAGACGUCAGGGAUCGACUGGAUCGAGGCACUAUAAUUAAACGGAUAAUUAUAUAUUCAUCUCAAGGGAAAGGACAGAAGAUCAAAACAAACAAGGAAGUCAUCAAACCUUCUGAAUAUGGAACAUCUUUUCGAUUAUAUUGUUCAUUGCCGCCCCCCAUAAGAAUACCAUGAAUGUUUUUUAAUCCACUUGUGUUUGGUGGUAUUUGUAUGAAAUUAUUUAUUAAUUCUUUUUAUGGUAUAUGGUUUGAUCCAACAAUAAUAAUAAACCAUUGCUCUAAUAAUAAAGAUAUUUAUAUUAGAAUAAGCUCGACAAUUGUAAUUUAU